AUCUCAUUAUGUAUCGGAGGCUCAUUUCCAUCCACAUGGAUGACUCCCCCUUCCCCCCAAUCAACCCCAGGUGAUGAUAAAGCGCCACCUUCAAAAUAGCCUCCUUUGAUUUCCAAACCUGCCUGUCCUCUUUAUCUGCCUCUCAUGGCUCCCUCUCAGCUGAUGGGGGAGCUUAUUGUGGACAAAUAGGCUUAGGCUUGUCGCUAUAGCAACAGCGAAUAGCACAGACACACACAUGCAGACACACACACACGAAGCCAGGGACAUAAGCACAUCUUCAAUCUCCCGCUGGAGAUGGUGGCGCCCCUGACCUACAGUGUUGGUGCAACAAGUAAAGGCCUUGAGGGGGGGGGGAGAGGAGGCUGCAUGUGUUGCAGGGACAUAAUGGAGAGAGGACCAGCAUCCCUCUGAAGAAGCCAUCUCUUUUUUAACAUUUUUCCCCUGUUUUUUUUUUUAAGUGCCAAGGACAUAAAGAGGAGUGCCUGGGGCCAUGGCCUCCUGGUUCAGCUGGAGCGAGCCGUACCACCGCAGCCCCCGCAGGGACCCAGCCGAUGUGGUCACCGACACGCUGAUGGUGGAGUUCAGCUGGCAGUUGAAGGAGGCGGAGAGGCAGCAGAGAGAGAGGGAGAACGAGUACCGGCGCCUGAAAACCGGCGUGGACUACAGCUGGCUGGCCAACACGCCUCGUUCAUCCUACAGCAUCAGCACCGGGGAGAAGCUGGGCCUGGAGGACCUCUGCUCCAAGGUGCCACCAUCUUGCUGUGGACUGGUCAUACUCAAGUUCCGUGAUGCCAUCCGAGCCAGCGAGCCUGAGGUCCAGGAAGUGUCCGGCAUCUUCCGCUCUGUCCUCCUGCAGGCCAUGGACCAAAUGAAGGAGGAGCAGCAAGCCCAGCGGCUCGCCCGACAGUGGAACAACAAACGUGCUAUGAGCAUGUCCCUGGUGAACUUCAGGUCCCGCAUCAGGAUCAACCCAUUCGGCAGCGCUGCCGGCCUGGCAUCGCCCGACGGGGGCGGCUUGAGCGACCUCAAGACGGUGUCGGAGGAUGUGGAAAGAUGCAUGGAGAGGGAGGAGAGGGUGUGGAGCAUGCCGGACUUCAGAUACAAGGGGGCGAGUGGCAGUAAACUGGUCUGAUGGAGACAGUGAGGAACAGUGAGGUGGUUUCUCCUGCUUAUCUGCAACUUGGUCACUCUGCACUACAUGAUCCAGGAUGAAGCUCAACUUCAUCUUCUUCAGUAGGACACCACCCCACUCAGGCAUGUUGCAUCUUGUACUUACACACAUAUCCAUAUACAAAAAGUCAUGCUUCAUUCUGGUUUGAAAUGUCUGUAACUAGGAAUGCAUGGUUGUAGAUGACCACAAUGUAUCUCACUGCACUAGUUUUCCAUGGGUGUGGACAAUUAAAAUGCUUGCUAAUGUUUUUUUUUAAUAGAAAAGGGUUUGAUGGCGUUAUUUGCAGGGGAAAAAAAUAGUUGCCGCAAAUAUGAACCCAGCAGAGGGCCCUGUCUCACAAGUCAAUGCAUUCAACAUUUUCCAGCAGGAAGACAACUUCACAAGACACGAUGUUGUGUAAGGUUUUGUAAGAACAGUACUGUAUACCGCAUGCAUGUCUUUGUUGCUUAUUGUGUGCAACUGAUUCUGAAAUGUGUUUAAUAACUGUGAGAGCCAUACUAUAAGCAUUUCUAGGGCUUUUGGAACGUAACUCCUGCAAACAAAGGGGCACUACUGUAUAAUAACCUAAUACAGUGGAACCUCGGUUAGCAUGAUUUUCAACAAACAAAAAUAUAUGCCACAAUUUUGCCUGCAUUCUCCGGUCUUGUUAUACUAUUAAUAAACUGCGUGAGUCUAACUGUUUUCUUAAUGUAUAUUUGUCAAAUAUCAAAAAACGUCCUUUCCUUGUUAGCAUCCUAUGAACUAGCUAAACAAAUCGGCAACCGGAACCAGAAGUCAAAACAAGUUUUUAUGAUUUUCCAAUUAUAGUUUACAUUCAUAAAACAACUGUAAAUGCAUUUAAAAUAAAUUAGGGAUUUAAGGUUACACUUAAGGUUACCUUCAUUGAAGUUCCCAGACACAACGGCAGCGAGAUCAACCACCAUCUUCCUGUUUUCAGUCACGUCAAACGUCUUCAGUGAAGGUAAAAGUAACCUUUAAUGUUCAUUUAUCAUUGAAAUUGCUUUCUAUGCAUUUUGAUUGUAUCCUCACGAGGGUCAUGGGGGUGCUGGAGCCUAUCCCAGCUGUCUUCGGGCGGGGUACACUCUGGACUGGUCGCCAGCCAAUCACAGGGCACAUAUAGACAAACAACCAUUCACACUCACAUUUAAAUAUAAAAUUGUGAAGUUUAAAUAAAUGCCACACUCUUUUGCAAUCCUAAUUGCAGAUGCAAACGGUGAAAAGCACUAGUGUCGCUCCCUCGUGGUGAAAUUGGUAAAUUAUGGUUUCUGUUUACAAACCCUUCCAAAUAAUGUAUCCUACUGCAAAUAUGUCACAAUUUAAAGAUUUUUAGUUGCAUUGCUUAAAAAAAGGGGAGUUGUUUGAGCUUUUUAGUCAAGUGUCGUUUGAACGAAAUUCAUGUUCUAGCAGUAUUCUUUUUCCCAUCACUUCCGAGAUGAGUCAGCCUCUGCAAGCACAAUAGCCACGCACAUCACUCCCACAUUCAAGGUCAGUCAGCAACACUAAAAGCUUCUGCAUGUGUCCGUCUGCUGCAAAGAAGAAAAGCUAAUAAAACAUGGAACAUUUGAUUUA